AGACCAAUAGGGAGGCACUAUCUCUAUAAUUCCAACACAUUAACAACAAAAUGGGAGCUUCUCGCGCUGACAAGGAAGUAUACUUCCAAAAACUCAAGGAACUCUUAGCCAAGUACCCAUCGAUUUUCCUGGUCAACGUCGACAAUGUCGGAUCCAACCAGAUGCAUCAGAUCCGUGUCUCUCUCCGAGGCAAGGGUGUUGUUUUGAUGGGCAAGAACACUAUGGUCCGACGUGCUCUCCGUUCCAUUCUCUCUGAGUACCCCCAGUUCGAGCGUCUUCUUCCCCACGUCAAGGGCAACAUCGGUUUCGUGUUCACCUCUGGAGAUCUCAAGGACGUUCGUGACCUCAUCGUUGCCAACAAGGUCGCUGCUCCCGCUCGUGCUGGUGCGUUUGCCCCCAAGGACGUCACUGUUCCUGCUGGAAACACCGGUAUGGAACCCGGAAAGACGUCUUUCUUCCAGGCUCUCGGUAUCCCUACCAAGAUUGCCCGUGGUACAAUUGAAAUCGUUUCUGACGUCAAGGUCGUGCAAGCUGGUACUCGUGUAGGAACUUCAGAGGCAACUCUGUUGAACAUGCUUAAUAUUUCCCCCUUCACCUACGGAAUGACGGUUGUCCAGAUCUUCGACUCUGGAAACUCGUUCUCGCCCGAGGUUCUGGAUGUUGAUGAGCAAGAGCUCGUGGACAGGUUCUUGAGUGGUAUCAAGACCAUCGCGGCUAUUUCCCUUGCUCUCAACUACCCCACCAUCGUAUCGGUUGCUCACUCGCUCGUGAAUGCUUACAAGAACGUCCUUGCCGUUUCAUUGGCUACCGAGUACACGUUCGAUGGAUCCGAGAAGGUCAAAGAGUACCUUGCCAACCCCGAUGCAUUUGCUGCUGCUGCUGCCCCAGUUGCUGUCGAGGCUGCUCCUGCCGCUGCUGCUGUUGAGGAGGAGCCAGAGAAGGAGGAAGAAUCUGACGAGGACAUGGGCUUCGGUCUGUUCGAUUAA